AUCGAAAUGGCAUUGCCUAGAAGCCAUGGCCACUGGUCCAACGAAGAGAUCUUGAGGUUGCUGGAAACCAUGGAAACGAAUCUCCCAUACGACCAGAACAGCAAGUUCAGCACAACUGAGUCACACCUGGACUGGGGAAAAGUAGCUUUUGAAAACUUUUCUGGUGAAAUGUGCAGACUCAAAUGGUUAGAGAUUGCUUGCAACUUGGGGAAAUCUGGCACUUUGAAAGAAUUAGUUCUGGAAGCCAGGAAAUGUGUUACAAACAAAAACAAAAGCCAAAAAUACGGGAAACAUCCAGACUUUCCAAAGAGGCCCCUUACUGCUUAUAACCACUUCAUCAAGGAGAACUGGCCACAGUAUUCCCAAAUGUACCCGGGGAUGAAAAACCAGGAACUGAUGAAAAUCCUGUCAAAGAAGUACAAGGAGCUGCCAGAGCAGGUGAAAGAGAAAUAUACAGAUUUCCAGAAGGAAAAGCAAGAAUUUGAGGAAAAAAUUUCUCGAUUCAGGGGAGAACACCCCAAUUUAGUACAGAAGGCCAGGAAAUCUGAAGUCUUCAAGAGGAUUCAAAACAAAGGGCAAAAGAAGGUUCAGGAAAAUGCGGAAGAAGUGAAGUCUCUUCCAAAAACGGAUCAAUUUUUCAAGACGGUAAAAUUUCAUGGAGAGCCUAAGAAACCCCCCAUGAAUGGGUAUCACAAGUUUCACCAAGAUUCCUGGUCAAGUAAAGAGCUGCAACAUUUGUCCCCGAGGGAGCGCAUGGUAGAGAUUGGCAGAUGCUGGCAGCGCAUCCCGCAGAGCCAGAAGGAUCAUUUUAAGAGCCAGGCUGAGGAGCUGCAGAAGGAAUACAAGGUGAAACUGGAUCUCUGGCUCAAGACUUUGUCACCUAAAGAGUACGCUGCAUACAAAGAAUCAACCUAUGCUAAGGGUAAGAAUAUGGCCAUGAGAGGAGGCCCGGAUCCCAGGUUUAGACAAACAGAUCCGAAGUCUCCUUUAGCAAAGGAUCUGCAAGAAGGGUUUGGUGAGGGGCAGUGGCUCCAGGCUCCAGGGACAGAUUCAUCACAGACUACUUGUGCAAAUUAUCCCGUCUCCAUGGAACCAGAAGCGAAGAGAAAGAAAGUUGGGGAAGAGGAAGAAAUCAAUAACCCUUCAGACUGCAGCAGUGAAGAAGAAAUAGAAGUCGAUUGA